AUGGCAAGUCUUCCUUCGACUGAGGUUGAGUACGAAAGAGACCACAUCCACGAGUCUCAGAGGGCUGCUUGCUAUGGAGUCACUAUAGUUUUCUUUAUACUAGCUAUUAUUUCGGGGUGUUUACGACUUUUAUCCAGAAGAAGGCAAAGAGCCAGCUAUGGCCUUGAUGACUACCUGGCCGCUGGAGGCAUAGUAAGGAGUUUGUCCCUGUCGUGCGGUGACUUGGCUCAUUAUAUUCAGAUAGCGGUUAUACCGUUUAUAGCAGCGACUUUGGGAGGUGAGCCGAUCAUUUUCUGUUUCCUUCUUGGUAAACCUCUAUUCGUACACCACCUGCAUUACCCUCGUCAAGUUGUCCGUACUUGCUCUUAUAUACCGGAUAUUUGGCAGUACCAGUCGCGAAAUAAGGGUCUCCACCAUUUUUCUUGCUACUUGGGUAUGCUUAUGGGCUAUUGCAUUGUACUUUGCUUAUGGAUUCCAAUGCCAACCGUUUUGGCGAAAUUGGAGUCUGACGGACCUAUGCGGUCCCAGCAUACAGUUGGAAUACUCAGCCUCCAUCUUGAAUGCCGUCCAUGA